GUCUUAUCUUAUCACCGAGGGAGAAAAUUCUCCUCACAAGAGUUCAUCAACCCUAAGUUGUCAGAAUGGAUUCGCACCAUUGGUUGUUUAUUUCAAUUUUAGCGAUCUGGAUUUGUUUCAUAUCCGCUACGUUUGUCAAUAUUCACGGCGAACCUAGUUUCGGGGCGUCUUGGGUCUACCAAUAUGAUCAACACCAGGGCAUAGCGGCCACCAGAAACAAUUACCAAACAAAGCCUAAUGACACGUGUCAUGUCUUCAAGCUGACAGACCAGCAGAGACACGAUAUCCACACUAUCUCUGGUCAAUUCAAAGUGGAGAUCAUGAUGUAUGAAGCAAUCAGAACGGAGCAUGGGGAAAGGAUGACCGCAACUGAACUGAAUGCUACAAGCAAUCAAAUGUGGAGAUUUUGUCAAAAGAACCUGAACUUUUUGAAAUACAAUUUCUAUGUGUAACAGAAUCAGUCGCCCUGGGCACCGUUUAUUAAUUAAAAAAGAUGUCAUAGAUACCUAUAA